AUGCGAGUCAAGAUCAGCAAAGCAGUCAAUACCGAGCUCGAGGUCUAUAAAGCCCUCCAGGGAGAAGACAUUACGCCCCAGAUUCUGGCGAUCGUUAACAACGAGGGCAAGAGGGUUGGCUUUGUUUCUCCGGACCUGAAGCACGAGGGUGCCCGCGUGAUGAAUCCAGCGGACGAGGAGGACAGGGAUGCAUGCCUCGAAGUCCUAAAUGAGAUGCACAAGAAGGGCUGGGUGCACGAGGACCCGCAUUCUGAUAAUUUCCUCAUCUUGGACCGGGGGAUCUUGUCUAGGAAAGUCUAUGUCAUUGACUUUGAAACCGCUCAAAGAGCAACUCCCAGUUUGAUCGAAGAUGACGUAGACAAGUUCCAAUUCUUUUGGGAACAAAGGGCGUAUGGUUAA